AUGAAUCAACAAGGUCCAUCACGAGUAAUACGAAAGGAAUCACUUGUAAUUACUGUAUCAAGUGUUAAGGAACCACUUGUAAUUACUGUACCACGUGGAUUAUUACGACGAUCACUUCAAGAAAUUAUCCCAAACAAAAAUUUACGCGUUGGUUUUGUUGUUAGCGGAAGUGAAAUUAAAAUCCUCUCACCAUCUGAAAAAUGGGAUUUUGAUUUGUCACAUGUGCAACAUCUUCCACAAGCUCAUUAUUAUACUGGAUUCCGUAAUUUGCGUUCUCCAAGUCCACCCAUUUGUCAUCGUUACGACUUUUCGACGUAUGGUCAAUAUGCUGCAUCUCGACCACCGAUAUGUCCACCGGAACAUGGCCGUUAUCUUCCUACACCAUUGUCUCCAAGAUAUGCAAGAAAUCCUUUUCCUGGUCCUCCUCCUAACAGCAUUUAUAUUCCAUUUGAUGAACAAUUACCACGAAAUCGAAAGGUUACAUCUAAGUUAGCAAGACGUCGUGGUGUCCAUAUUGAUCCGUUGACUGGUAAAGUGACAAUUUUCAGACGACGAACUCAUUCAAAACAAGAUUAA